CAACUAAGGGAGGCGCGACACUCUGGUUUCACAUUAUCAGAGGAAUCGUCUCUAGACAUGCAACUAAAUUAUUCUCAUCUGAACCUACCAUCAGCUUGUGAGUCCUCUGGAAGCAAUGCUGCCUACUUCUCAUGGCCCAAUUCCAGUCGAAUGAAUGAAGCUGCGGAAGAUCGGGAAAACUAUUUCGAGAAUCUUCAGAAAAGGGUACUACUGCCUGAAACACAUGGUCGCUUGCCAACGGGGAAACGAGCAACCACUUUAAUGGAGCUGAUGACCAUUUUGGCAUUUUAUGGCCUGAUGUUGCGCCGUGAGAGCCUCGGCACUGCAGUUGGACUUCGAAUCCGCAAGGGUGCGUUGACAGAUAUACCUGCCAUUCUUGUUUUUGUUUCCCAUAAAGUUCAUAAGAAGCGGCUCGACCACAUCCAGUGUUUUCCAUCUUCCCUCGAGGGACCAGGAGGCGUAUGGUGUGAUGUAGACGUUGUUGAGCUCUCGUUCUUUGGUGCUCCUGCACAAACCCCCAAAGAAGAAGUAUAUAGUGAGCUUGUUGCUGGCUUACGAGGAGGCGAUUCGUGUAUUGGUUCAGGUUCCCAGGUUGCAAGUCAAGAGUCAUUUGGAACAUUGGGUGCAAUAGUAAGGAGCCGUACAGGCAACCGUGGAGUUGGAUUCUUGACAAAUAUGCAUGUAGCGGUUGAUUUUGACUACCCAAAUCAGAAGAUGUUUCAUCCAUUGCCUCCUAGCCUUGGACCUGGGGUGUAUCUGGGAGAAGUGGAAAGGGCAACAUCUUUCGUUAGAGACGAUCUUUGGUAUGGCACCUUUGUAGGAACAAACCCAGAGACAUUUGUUCAAGCUGAUGGGGCCUUCGUUGCUUUUGCUGAUAGUUUAGAUAUCUCCAAUGUGACUACGACUGUGAAGGGUGUAGGCGAGAUUGGGGAUGUUAAAAUUAUAGAUUUGCGAUCUCCCAUCAACAGCCUCAUUGGGAAGAAAGUGGUGAAGGUUGGAAGAAGCUCCGGCUUGACUAGUGGGACGAUAGUCGCCUAUGCACAUGAUUACGAUGAUAAGAGGGGUAUCUGCUUCUUCACUGAUUUUCUUGUUGUGGGUGAUAACCAACAAGCCUUUCAUCUUGAAGGGGAUAGUGGGAGUCUCAUCCUUUUAACAGGAGAGAAAGAUGAGAAGCCGAGGCCCAUUGGGAUCAUAUGGGGUGGAACAGGAAAUCAUGGGCAAAUGAAGCUGAAAGUUGGCCAACCUCCUGAGAAUUGGACUAGUGGAGUUGAUCUUGGUCGUCUUCUUAAUCUUCUUGAACUCGAUCUGAUAACAACCAGUGAAAGACUUCGAGAAGCAGUGCAAGAGCAAAGAAGUGCAUCAGCAGCAUUUGCAGAUUCCAUGGGUGGAAAGUCUGCUUUCGCAGAAAGAACAUUAUCUAAGCUGCCUCUGGGUUUGACCUCGAACAAUUCCCAACUGAAGAUUGCACCUGUUUAGGGGAGAACCUGUGCAUAAUGAGUUCCAUUAUGCACAAGAAAGUGACUCAAGACAGUACUGCACCGAGGAAUGGCUCGGAUGAAGACCUCUCUUUUCUUUUGUUGUUGAAUGAUCAAUGAGUUCAGGUGAGCUGCUCUUACCAAGAGCUAAGUGCCGUAGAGAGUAUAAAUUCUGAACGUAAGUAGCCAGACUUUAUAAAUUGAUCAGAGAGUUGGCGCGACAGUGUUGGCC